AUGAGAAAAGGUAGAAUUUUAGGCUUUUUGAAGAUCAUCGGCGUAGUCGUCACCCUUCUUCAUAAGCUUCCAGAUGCCGAGGACGAAGAAGAAGCCGAAAGUGAGUCCCAGAACAAUAGCCUUGAAGAUCAAUUCGAGAUUGCUUGGAUCGUACUCGAUGUCAAUCAAUUCGUCGGUCUGAAAAAGAGUAAUUUGCUGAAUUCUUUAUUGUCAUUGGGUGGAACUGGAUAG